UUACGUACGGCGUUGGCGCCAAUCUGCUUGCCCACUGACCACUAUCGCACCAGUUGACAACACACCAUGGUGAGAGCAGAGCGAAAAUAUAUCGACCUCAUGAGGCAAACUACCUCAGGGCUCUUUGGUAACUGGGAUCCAGAGAGCCCAAUCAAGGUCGGAUCGUAUGGCCGUUUCGACCUUGAUACGACACGAUUCACUGUCCUCGGCAACAUCUAUGAUCCAGAAUUCCAAGUCUUACUCGAUGCUGUCGAUGGGAGGUUCAAGAUGUCGGAUUAUCCGCCAGAGUUGGAUCCAGUAGAACAGGAUAUGAUUAUCACCUCCACGGGUGCUAGGAAGCAACCCUUUGAUCCAGGGGCAGAUGCCAAGAAAGAGAACUUCAGGAAAGCUUCAUUCAAGAUGAGUUUCAGGCACCUCCCUGGCAAGCGAAGUACUGUGCUUGUCGUGCACAAGCCCCGUCUGUAUCACGUUCCGCGUAAUAAAGUGCUCGAGGUGCUAUACAGAAUACCAGAACUCAAUGGUCUAUUCAUCAUUCCAUCGGUCUACAAGUGCCGCGCAUGGUCUAUCUAUCUGUCAAGUAAAGUCGAAGAGAUUGUAUCUGUGGCACUUCUUCCGUCGAAGGUUGGCUUCGACCUUGAAUGGUGGUCCAACUCGGACUCGGACUUCCUCCGCCAGGGCACCGACAAGGAUGGCUUCGCUUCACCACUCUUCACCGCAAAACAAAAGCUCCCGUUGAUCCGACGUUAUAUGCGCGGUAUGCCCGUACCAGACCCUGAACCAGGCGAUAAAUUCUGGAUAGAUGGAUGUCCAGGUUGGGAGCCCGUUGAUGAGGAUGGUUAUGAUGAUCCUAUAUGGGAAGAGGAUUACGAGCCGCCUGUGGCGAGAGUGUGGCGACGCAUCAUGUGUAAAUCUACGGCGCGGUGGUGAAUACUUUUACUACCUUAUCUUCUUUGUGAUGCUUUGUGUAUUGUAGUAUGUAGUACGGACAGUAUCACGGAUUAUGUAGGCAGACCAACUUGGAUAAGUAUACAGGUCAAGCUGAAAGUGUCAUAAUGACUCUGAAUUCUCCUCCUUGAACAAAGAA